UUUUCCACUGAGCUGUGCUUUAGGAUGAAUGGAAUAAAAGGAGGUGAAAAGAGACGAAACGUUACUUUGCCUACUUCUGCUGCUCAUACAACACUACUCAGCAUCCAGUUUUGUCACGAUGGAGCCUGCCAUUAAUGUACUAGUCUCCCAGUUCAAGACUUUUGCUGGCAAAGAUGGCCCAUCACACACCUUGAGCAAAGAAGAAUUUCAAAGCCUAGUAGCAUCCCAACUACCAAACUUUGUCAAGAAUGCUGCUGAUCCAGCAGUGAUUGACCAUCUUAUGGGCUCAUUGGAUGUAAACAAUGACGGGGAACUGACUUUUCAAGAAUUCUGGCAGCUGAUUGGCAAGCUGGCAAGCAAGCAUGGUGGCUAUAGCCAAUAAAUGUACAGAAAAAAAUUUUUCAAUUGUAUCCCCAUUAUGUUUUCAAGCAUUAAGGUCAACCUUGUGCCCUUCUGGGCUAGCUUUAAUACAGAGAUUUUAGUUAUUCAUUGACCAAGGCAGGUGAUGUGAAAUAAAAGAAACUAUUGUUUUAUUCUCAA